AUGCCUCUGCAUCUCCUCCCCAAGAAAUCGUGGAACGUCUACUCCCCUGCGAACAUCGAGCGGGUCAAGCGCGAUGAGGCCAAAGCCCGUGACCAGGCCGCCAAACAAGAAGAGGACAGUCUGCGGCGGGAAGCAGAUGAUCGAAUCUCCAUCUUACAACAGCAGCGCAAGGGCCAGACCAAAGGCUCGAAACGCAAACUCCCUGGAGAAGAUGACACCGAUCGCGAUAUCCGACUCGCCCUGGAAACACCACCUGCGUCCACAAAGAAAGAGAAGCAAGACCAUAGUUCCCUUGUUGAUGCGAACGGCCAUAUAUCCCUAAUACCUGUAUCCGAGAAACCACCCUGUGUCGGCCAAGAACAAGCGAAAGAUCCAUACACGGUCUACCUCUCCGACGCUGUUGGCGAGCGAGAUCGACCUAAAAACACUUGGUACAUGUCUGUCCAGGACGAGCGAGAAAAAUGGGGCGACGAGGAUCCCCGGAAACGGGAACGAGAACUCACACGGCUCAACGCGAACGAUCCUCUCGCGGCCAUGAAGAGGGGUGUCAAGGCCCUCAGGGAGAAUGAGAGACAAAGACAGGAGUGGAUGAGGGAGCGCGAAAGGGAUCUCGCAGAGGUUGAGGGGAUGGGAAGGAGGGAGAAUUAUGGUAGAAAGCGCAGAAAAAGGGCUGACUAUGAUGAGGAUGAGUCGGAGAGCCUGGAAGGGUUCAAUCUGGACGAAGGAUAUACCAGACCGGAUAACACCGCCACGGGCACCAUCAUCACCACCAUCAUCAUCGUCAUAGACGACGACACCGAGAUCAAGAAGCUAUCGAUGGGGACUGCCACCCUCGUGAAGGGCAUGAAAGUCGAAGGGGAGAUGACACAAGCAGAUUCAACAGCAAGGAAAUUGAACCCACCUGAUGAAGUCAAAACGAUAUAUUGCCGAAUCGUUACCUGA